AUGGGGGAGCCAAAUGAUGGCGCGAUCAUGGAGAAGGAGACAGAAUCUAGAAACGGACAAGAAGAUUCUGCAGAAUCUGGCGGAGCAUGCAGUCUUGCUUGGAAGGAUCUAACGGUAAUGAUCGCUCUCCGCAACGGAAAAACACAGACAAUUCUGGAGCAAGUAUGUGGUUAUGCUGAGGCAGGAAGCUUCACAGCUCUCAUCGGACCUUCGGGCUCCGGCAAGACCACGCUGCUCGAUGCCUUAUCCGGCCGCCUCGCCCCCGACGCCUUCCUCUCCGGUCAUAUUCUCCUCAACGGCCGUAAGGCCAACUUAUCUUUUGGCACCGUUGCGUAUGUAACACAAGAUGAAAGCUUGAUUGGGACACUAACAGUACGAGAAACAAUAGCAUAUUCGGCUCGACUCCGGCUCCCAGACACGAUGCCAUGGUCCGAGAAAUCCGACAUCAUAGAAAACACCAUCCUAGAAAUGGGAUUACAAGACUGCGCCAACACUGUCAUCGGAAACUGGCACUUGCGAGGGAUCAGCGGAGGCGAAAGGCGAAGAGUCAGCAUUGCUCUCGAGAUCCUCAUGAGGCCCAAAUUGCUCUUUCUUGAUGAACCAACCACUGGCCUAGACAGUGCCGCGGCGUUCUUUGUGAUUGAGAUGCUGCGCGGAUUGGCUAAGGAUCAACGGACAGUGAUAGCCUCGAUCCACCAGCCUAGCAGCGAAGUGUUUGAGCUGUUCGACAAGCUGUGCUUGCUUUCCCGUGGCAGAACCGUCUACUUUGGCGAAGCGUCUGAAGCUCACGAGUUCUUUGGUGGUGCCGGUUUCCCCUGCCCUGAAUUCAGGAAUCCCGCGGAUCACUUCAUCCGCUGCAUCAACUCAGAUUUCGACAAAGUGAAGGAGACUCUGAGAGGAUCAACGGUCGAGACAGAUGAUGAUCCUCUAGAGAAUAUAACCGCAGCUGAAGCUAUCGAGAUUCUCGUAGAUUCGUAUCGUAGCUCUGAGUAUUGUAGAGCAGCAAAUGAAAAGAUUGAGGAAAUGUCCAAAGUUGAAGGAGGUGAUGUGGAUUUUGGAGGGAGUGAGGCGAGUUUCUUGAGACAAGCGUUCACAUUGACACAACGGUCGUUUAUUAAUAUGUGGAGGGAUUUUGGGUAUUAUUGGCUGAGGCUUGUGGUGUACAUUGUUGUCACACUUUGUAUUGGCACCAUUUACUUUGAUAUUGGAACUGCCUUUUCUUCCAUCCAGGGGAGGGGAGCAUGCUCGUCUUUCGUGUUCGGUUUCGUGACCUUCAUGUCCAUCGGAGGCUUCCCCUCUUUCGUAGAGGAUAUGAAGGUUUUCCAAAGGGAGAGGCUGAAUGGGCACUACGGUGUGGGGGCAUUUGUUAUAAGCAAUACUUUUUCAGCAAUGCCAUAUUUGAUUAUGAUAAGUGUGAUUUCUGGAACAAUAUGCUACUACAUGGUGAAUUUCCACUCUGGUUUCUGGCAUUAUGUAUUCUUUGUAUUGUGCCUUUAUGCUUGUGUGAGUGUGGUCGAGAGCCUCAUGAUGGCCAUUGCGAGUGUUGUUCCUAACUUCCUCUUGGGGAUCCUUGUCGGCUCGGGAAUCCAGGGAAUAUUUAUGCUAGUGUCUGGCUAUUUCCGACUACCAAAUGACAUCCCAAAGCCUGUUUGGCGAUAUCCAGUGUCAUAUAUGAGUUUUCAUUUUUGGGCUUUACAGGGACAAUAUCAAAAUGAUCUGAAAGGGUUGAUGUUCGACAAUUUAACGCCCGAUCAUGAACCAAAAAUCUCAGGAGAAUUCAUUUUAGAAAACAUAUUUGAAAUCGACACUGAUCGAUCAAAAUGGGUGGAUCUCAGCGUUAUAUUCAGCAUGAUAAUCAUAUACAGGCUCAUCUUCUUCAUAAUGAUCAAAGCCAAUGAAGUCGCCAUACCAUUGGUUCGACGCCACAUUGCAAAGAAAAGAAUAAAACCUGUAAAUAAUACUAAUGAUAUGCAUAGUUAAUUAAGGCCCAUCAAUGUCUAGGUUGAUUGAAUCGUUUCUAAGUUACUACAUGUAUUAAUAUUCAAGAGGAAUAGGACAUACUGUAUAAAUUAGUACUUCCUUUGUUUCCUUUGUUUCUUUAUAAUUGAAUCAUUUUUCUAUUUUGAGAA